UGAACAUCAAUCGUCAUAUGACCCAUUCUAUCGAGUUUGCAAAGCUUGGGCCAUAUUUGUCUGUUCCAAAGUAGUUCCGUGGAGUGAGUGUGUGCAGAUAGUCAUCACAGUUUUUGGGACCUGUAAAUACUCCCACAUUUCAAGUUCAAAAUGGCCGAAAACCCAAUCUACGGACCCUUCUUCGGAGUUAUGGGAGCAGCGUCAGCUAUCAUCUUUAGCGCGCUGGGAGCCGCAUAUGGUACCGCCAAGUCAGGCACGGGUAUCGCGGCGAUGUCGGUCAUGCGGCCCGAGCUGAUCAUGAAGUCGAUCAUUCCUGUGGUCAUGGCGGGUAUCAUCGCCAUCUAUGGGCUGGUCGUGGCUGUCCUGAUCGCUGGUUCCCUGGACGGGCCAGCCAACUACCCCCUGUACAGAGGGUUCAUCCACUUGGGAGCGGGUCUCGCCGUAGGUUUCUCGGGUCUGGCCGCCGGAUUCGCCAUAGGCAUCGUGGGUGAUGCCGGCGUCCGUGGAACUGCACAACAGCCAAGGUUAUUCGUCGGAAUGAUCCUGAUCCUCAUCUUCGCCGAGGUGUUGGGUCUGUACGGGCUCAUCGUCGCCAUCUACCUGUACACGAAGCAGUAAGCUGUUCCCGCGCCGUCCCGCGCCCGCGCAAAGUCGUCGCCGGUAGCGGGCCGUCGACCGGCCGCGCGCGCCGUCACGAUGCUGCGACCCCGCGCGCCACGCCGCUACCUGUAUAAAUAUUUUUUCUAUUUCAAUUUUAUAAUAAUCACAAUCUUCGAAUCCCAAUCAUGUACCGACGCUACCGAGCGAUGACUGUUACUUUAAUUAUUAAUUUAUUACCGACGUAUCUUUGUGUUUCGGUGACAGGAGGAAUCGUCCGUCGACAUAUCACUUAAUUUGCGCGUCACAUCCCUCGCGAAUACCAUCUGACGAUAUCACUUUUAGAUUAUUUUAGCGUAAGGCGAAACUAAUGUACAGUUAGAGUAGAAAUUUAAGUCCAAACGAGUUAUCUUAAAUAAUUUAUGAACCGUUGAAACCCCCAGGUACUAUGUACCGAUAUUUCUAUUGCUGAGAAGUUGAGGUCAAACCUGGCUUGAUGUCGAUGUCUAACUACUGCUAUAUAGCUUUCAGUGUUAUAGUGGAUGUAUGUAUCCUAUUAUACUGUUAUGGGCCUGUGAAUGUUACUUGUACUCUCUCGAGUGACCACUGAGAUAAAUUCAAAAGCGAGUCACAAACAUUGUAUUGCCAGGAAUCAGUAAAUAAACAUGAUUUGUACAUUCCAUA